CAGUAUCGAUGCCCAAGUUCUGUGCCGAGUGUGGCGCCCAGAACACAGGCGGCAAGUUCUGCUCCGAGUGCGGCGCGCGCUACGCUGAUGAUAACGGCUCGCUGUCGUCUUCGUUCAUGUCCAAUUCCUCCGGUGCUCCCCCCGCUGUGCCAGUUGCUGCCUAUCAGGGGGCUGCCACAGCCGUGGCCUCCGCUUUCCGCAGUGAAAAUUCUCCGUACGGUGGCAACACAUUCCAACACCCGCUUAAGAGCACAUUCAAUGGGUCCCAGCCUCCCCCUCCCCCUCCUCCGCCUCCUGCGCAGCCAUACGUGCGCAAAUCCGUGCCCAGCGCCUUCCGCAACAGCUUCAACAACAACAAUUCGCCUCCUACUGCCAUCCCAGUGCCUUCAGACCCAGUGCCACCUGCAGCUACGGGGGCAGAGGCCCAACAGUACUAUGAGCGCUGCGUAAGCACCAUCCGCGCCUCCAAAGGAGGAAAUAACGAGCGAGGGGUGAAGGAUUUUAAGCAAAACUGCCGUCGAUACGGACUUAAGGAGAUGGACGUGCAGUCUUUCUAUACGUCGCUUGUGUCUGAGCUGGGAGCUGACGGUACUCGAAGCUUCGUGCCGACAUUAGCGCGACUGGUACCUGACGACGAUCGGCGGAAGGAACUCGUGGAUUACAACGCGCAACAGCGAGCGUCAUCAGCCUUUAGCAGCAGUGGCAGUAGCAUGGGGAGCUUCGACGGCAGGCAAUCGGCUUUUGGCAACCGAAAUCCGAGCAUGGCUGACUCGUUCCGAAGUGACUCGACUGUGAACAAUGCCAACAAUGGCACACAGAGCAAAGGGCUCUUGAACAAUCGCUAUGCAGACCACCCGAACUGCGACGUGUGCAAUGUGCGCUUUGAUGUGACCAAGAGACGCCACCAAUGUUCGUGCUCUCCUGUCCGACUAUUGGUGCCCCCUGGGAAACAGAUCGAAGGAGCCAAGAACUACGAUCCGUCCAUCCCACAGCGCGUGUGCAUCCAGUGUGCCCCGGAGCUGCAUCCGCUCCAAGACGAAUUGGUGGCGACGUAUUCACAGUCACAGGCCGACAAUACUCACGAAGCACGUGGCCGAUUCCACAUUCCAUUCUCGAGUUCUCUGAAUAAGGAGUGCUGCAAUGCUGCUGAUAUUAUCGGCAAUUUCUUCCGCAACGACUGGGGGUCGUCAGCAGACAGAGCAGUUCCUGUGGCUUUCCUGCAGAAGGCCCACGGUCUCGCCAUUAUGACGGUUAUAAAGGCCGGUUUCCUCGUCUCGGGUAAGAUCGGCACGGGUCUCGUAGUCGCCAAGCUGCCGGAUGGCUCGUGGUCAGCUCCGUCAGCCAUUGGAACAUUCGGACUUAGCGGGGGAUUCGAACUGGGAGGUGAAAUCGUGGAAGUGAUGAUCAUUCUCGGGUCGGAAGGAGCUGUCAAGGUGUUCCACAAGCCACAGGUAAAUCUUGGCGCUGGACUGGAUAUUACAGUGGGGCCUUACGGUCGGUCAGCUCAAGCAGCUGCUGCCGCCAGCACGAGCGGCCUGAACGCCAAUUACAGUUAUUCACAGAGCAAGGGACUGUUUGCGGGCAUUUCGUUGCAGGGAGCGAUUCUGGCUGCACGCUCGGACUUGAACCGCAAGUUUUACGGUCGUGACUUGCAGCCGGGUGAGCUGCUGAGCGGGUUCAUAGAGCAGCCUGCAGCUGCUCGUCCACUGUAUGAGGCGAUUGACAACGCCAUGCGAGGAAUCGAAGACCACAAGGAAGAGCAACAACGGCGCUCGUCUCUAAUGGGACCUUGCAGACUGUGCAAUUGCCCCAUAUUCCAGGCUCACACGACUCAGAUAUGGAACAAAAAGUGCAAAACAUGCAGCCACGCGCAUUAAGAAGAUUGGGGGUAACCUAAGACACAAAAGAUGCCCUGAAGUUAAUGCAACUCCUAUAAAA